GGCCGGCCCAGCCUUUGUAUAUCUUCUGCUUCUCUCCCCUCCCCUCCUUCUGCUUCUACAUCCCUCCGUCUCUGUUGUCUUUGCGACACUUAUCCUUACCCACACCCGCUCUUCGGGCUCGGCAACAAGUUCGUCUGUUUUGGUCCCUCAACAGACCGGACUAUGACCGUUUAGCUCGAUUCCGUUGUUAUUGUUUUCAUAUCCAGUGUGUUAUUCGGACCGCAAGAUAUCCUCAUCAUUCACCUCCGGUGUUAUCCUUCCUCAGACACCCUCUCGCCAUCCUUCGCCUCCUAAUUGUUUGUUUUGUUGCUUUGCCACCUCAAUUGACCAUUCUUGUCCGUGACACUUCACUGCUACCAAGAUGGCUGGAAACAUUGGCGGCUACGGCCAGGUGAUUGAAUACAUUCAAGAUCGUCUAUAUCUUGCCUCCUACGAUAACCCACCGGACUCGAGAACUCCAUUCCCCUACCCGCUCGACCAACCUAAGUCGCCGAGCAAGCGCUCACGGGCUCAGCCAAGUACACCUAGGAGCAAGAAGCACAGCCCCGUGUACUUUACCGUUGACGAUACUCUUCUUUACAACUCCUUCCAUGCGGAUUUUGGCCCUCUGCAUAUCGGCCAUCUGUAUCGGUUUGCAGUCCAGUUCCACGAGAUCCUCGGUGAUCCCGCAAAUGGCGAUCGUGCGGUUGUUUUCUACUCCAAAACCGACUCCCGCAGCCGCGCCAAUGCGGCAUGCCUGGUCGCUUGCUACAUGGUCUUGAUUCAAUCUUGGCCGCCGCAUUUGGCUCUGGCGCCUAUCGCUCAGGCCGACCCUCCUUACAUGCCAUUCCGGGAUGCCGGCUACAGCCAGGCAGACUUUAUUCUGAACAUUCAGGAUGUCGUCUACGGAGUUUGGAAAGCCAAGGAGCAGUCGCUCUGUGGAUUGAGAGAAUUCAGUCUUGAAGAAUAUGAGAAAUUCGAACGCGUUGACAUGGGCGAUUUCAACUGGAUCACUCCUCAUUUCCUGGCUUUUGCCUCUCCGCAACACGAGCCGGUUGAGCCAAUUCCGGCCAACACUCCCGAAUAUGAUGCGCUGCCCUCGAAGGUUUCCGAAGUUUUCUCCACCAAACUGCCUCUGCCAUUCAAGAACGUGCUCGCCCAUUUUGCGUCGCGCAACGUGGGACUGGUUGUCCGACUGAACUCGGAACUGUAUUGCCCUUCAUACUUCACCGCUCUGGGCAUCAAUCACAUUGAUAUGAUCUUUGAAGACGGAACAUGCCCGCCUUUGCCUUUGGUGAGACGUUUCAUCAAGAUGGCGCAUGAAAUGAUUACCGUGAAGAACAAGGGAAUUGCCGUCCACUGCAAGGCUGGUCUGGGACGAACCGGCUGCCUGAUUGGGGCGUACCUUAUCUACCGCUAUGGAUUCACUGCCAACGAAAUCAUUGCUUUCAUGAGAUUCAUGCGUCCUGGCAUGGUGGUCGGUCCCCAGCAGCACUGGCUGCACCUGAACCAGGGCUCGUUCCGUGAAUGGUGGUUCGAAGAUACUAUGAAGGAGAAACUGGCUCAGAUGCAGAUGCAAGCGGCCCCCAUCACGCCGGGUCGCCCGUCGGCUAAGCAACGCGCCAACAAUGGCCCCGUUGCCACACCACCCAACAACGGCCAUUCGAAGCGCGCCGCCCUUGGAGAGAUCGACCACAACGAGGGUGCUGGUGCCCCUGCCGAGGAGAACCUCCCCGCCCCUACUCCUGGUCAGCCUCGGAAAUCUCACCGGAAGGACUCCCGUCAUCACCCUUACGCGCGCACCACAUCUGGCACACUUCUCGUCGACAAGGAGUCGAGCAAGAACGGUGACCACUCAAGCCACCGAAGCCACCGACUCAGCAACGAUAGCAGCGAAAGUGACGAAGAGAUUCAACUUCGGAUGCUGGCGAAGCGUUCGUCCAAGUCCCCCAUGGCCUCUCCAAACAGCCGGUCGGUCAGCUAUUCUGCCACCCUGACUGCUAGCUACACCCUCAACGAUGAUAUCCAUGAGGACAGAGAGAAUUGGGUUGAGGCCACGCACGCUGCGCCGAAGACUCCCGCCAGCAGCAAGACUGGACACAGCGCAAUCUCCAUGACCAAAGUUCGCACCAGCCCUCGUCGUGUGACGGCGGAGAGCCGAAGCGAAUCCCGCGGCGUUCGCAAAGCCAGCGGUCGGAUUGGUAGCACCGGCAGUCCUACGCGGGUCAAAACAAGCGCCUAGACUGGACUCUGCCGCUUCCUUUCCCUUUUCUUCUUCUUGAGAUACCUUUUAAGCCUCGAACAGAUAUCCUUCGUGUGUUACAUUUUACCUGAUUAAUUUGUCUAUUGCUCUUUUCGUGUUGCUGGACCAUAAUAUCGCAUUCUCUUUGCAAGUGCCUUUGAUUACCCAUUUGUUUUCUUUUCUGAUUCCGUUUUGCUUUAUGGGUGUUCUGCUGGUUUCUGGUUCAAAAUCGACGGGUCAGGGGGUGUGUUCUGGAGUACGGUUGCACUGUUUAUGAUCGAACGACCUAGAAGGGCGAGAUGGGCUGCAUCGGGGUUUUAUGACUGGUACAAGAUGUCUGUGAUUGUCUAGAUGCCAGAUCUUAAGGCUGGGAGAUGAUGCUUUUUAUCUACGUCGUGCAUGACAACUUGG